CAUGCUCUUCAAUUUGCUUUUGGUUACCCUAGCAACGUAAUUAUUUCCAUAGAACAUUGUACAAUUUGUUUGAUCGAAAUAAAUAGUGUUACGAUCAAGACAAGAAAAAUGGCUAAUAAACCGAAACGAUUGCUGGAAAAGUACGACAUACUUCUUGAGCAUCUUGAUUAUGGAUACAUUGAAAAGUGUACUGAUGCCAUCGAGUUGGAAAAAAUCGUGAAAAUUCUUCGCUCGAGUCAAGAAGGAUACUAUCCAGAUUUGACAUCGUUUGCCGAACGGCAGCUCCGCUCCAUAAAACCUAAAUCAAAGUUGUUCCGCCAAGAAACGCCUCUGUUGACAAAAAGCAAUACACCACGUGGACAUUGGGAGGAAAUCACCCAAAACCUGGUGGAGUGGGAAAGCGAUAUGCAGAAGGUACAAAGUGAUUUGUUCGGAAAGACGGAAUGCUUACCUAGGGAAUUACCUCCGAUAAGGUCCAGCAAUAGCGGAGAAACCAAUUGCAAAAUCACUCCAAAGGAGCAUAAACGAAUUGAAUCAUGUGACUAUGAGAACUGGGAUCGAUACGAUCCUGACGCCGAACUUUUGAAGAUGGACCUUGAAGAAGAACGACAAAAGGAGUUUGUUCUGAAGCAGAAUGAGCGAAACUUGAACGGUCCUAUAAUCCAAGAAAUUCCUCCAGAUGAGCUAAGCGCAUUGACUGAAGCCGAAAGGAGAAUACUGGCAAUGAAGUGCAAGGAAAAGGGUAACGAUUAUUUCCGCAGCAAAGAGUAUCAGCAAGCUCUCUCUGAGUACAACAGGAGCAUUGCAAGCUUUCCUAUGUCAGCAUGCUACAAUAAUCGGGCCAUAACAAAUAUCAAGCUGAUGCGAUACAAGGAAGCAGUAUCUGAUUGUGAAGAAUGUUUAAAAAAUGAUCCCACAAAUUUAAAAGCCUUAUACCGAAAAGCUGAGGCAUUCAAGCUGAAUGACGAGCGUCGCGAGGCCUACCAUAUAUAUUGCCGCAUCCUACAAUUGGACCCCAACAGCAUACAAGCUAGCGGCGCAAUAGAAGAACUUCGUCGCCAGCUCCCAGAUCUUCCCCCGGCGAAUUCUUUUCAAGUACAGAUUGAAGACGAGACCAGCGACGAUGGAUACGCGGCUUUGGUCAAACCCAAAAAGAUUAUAAAAGACAAACUACCGGAGAUGAUGCAAAGUUUGAAAACAACGACAUCCACUAUAGUCGAGAAGGCCAAAACUGCAGAGCUACAGGAUAAGAAAAUUGACAUUUUACCGCGUCCAACAAAGAAAGUUCUCAUUGAAGAAAUUUAAUUUAAU